AGAUGAGCAUCUACCAAUAACACUCUUCUGCUAGGAUGAAAACAGUAACCUUGUCCAACAAUUUCGUUUCUCUCAUGACACUUGUGAGAAAAAUAAAAACAAUAGAAAUUACAGCAUUUCAUUGCAGUCUCCUAACCUAAGUUAAGCCGACGACCCGAAGUAGAGACCCUCCACGUAUUUUAGCCUUGCAAUCAUCAUAUGUCGUUGAAAUCUAUAGUUUGCUUGGAAGGAGGAGUUGCCAGCCAUUGAGGGAUGGUGCUGCAUCGUCUUCUGUGUUCGAGAUUAAGUCAAGUGCGAUUAAGUGUUCUGAGACAAACCCAGUACUCAACUUUGUCUGAAAUGCAGAACGCUUACAUUUGUCAAUCUAAUGGGGGUGAGAGGUUUACUUUCACAUUCCACUAUGUCAACGACAGUUUGGGUGUGGACAGAAAAUUUAACUUGAAUAGACAGUCUACGGAAGCCAUUAGUACCUUUCUUGAUAGAAUUCAAUGCAAUGUUGCAAAAAUUGUGAAUGAAAAGCAUGCCAAGAGGAGGAAGAAGGCCAAGAAGAAACAAGGGGAAGAUUCUUCCGAUGAUAACACUUGCCCUGCUCCUCAAGUUACUGUGGAACUGCUCCGAAGUGGUAACCCAGUGCCAACCGAUGAAACUUGUCAGUCAAUUCUGGAGUGUAAGGAUUUGGUUUUGCUUUCAUUGAAUGGUAAAAAAUAUAAUGUUGUGGUGAACCCACCCUGGGUGGAUGAAAUCCAGCUUCCCAAAAGCAUUCUCUCAAACUUUCCUGUGUACCCAAGCAAGUUUGUUGGCACUAAUUUGGAUCGAGGGGAAAGUGAAUUUGUCUGGUUCAGGAAACUUCAGAAUGAAGUUCAAUGGCAGAAAGUUGGCUCUGGUUUUAUUUACACACCAUCCACAGAAGACAUAAAUUACCUACUAAAGAUCACAUGCCAGCCCAAGAAAGACAUGAUUUCUGGUCCUGUUGUAGAAUCCAUAUCAAAGUCUACAGUUGAAGCUGGGCCAGGAGAGUGUCCAUUUGAACUCCGACAUGCAUUUACUAAAGAAAGAACCAUGGGAAAUUGCUUCCGAGUUAUGACCUACAAUAUACUAGCUGGCAUGUAUUCUGAUACAGAGGCAGCUAAAUCAGAGUUAUUUGCCCACUGUCCUGCAUAUGCUUUGGAUAUAGAUUAUCGAAAGCAGUUAUUUAUGAAAGAAAUUCUAGGAUACAAUGCGGACAUAAUCUGUCUUCAAGAAGUUGAUGAACGUGUUUUUGAGAAUGAUCUGCAGCCUAUUUUAGGAUUAGAGGGCUACACUGGAGUUUUUCACAAAAAGGGGAGUGUCAGAGAAGGCUUGGCCUGUUUAGUCAACACCAAACGCUUUAGGUUAGUUGAGUCACAUUUGUCUCUUCUUAGUGCUGAGUUUAGUGAUCGGCCUUGUUAUCAAAAAUUGUGGCAAGCAGUGAACCAUAAUGAAGCACUUCUGGAGCGUCUAAAGGACAGGGGUACAUCCUCCCAGGCUACAGUCUUACAAUCUACAGAAAAUUCUAAAAAAUGGCUUGUUGUUGGAAAUACUCAUUUAUAUUUCCAUCCUGAUGCUGACCAUGUCAGACUGCUGCAGGGUGGUCAAACAAUAUUGUUCAUUGAAGAUGUGGUCAACAAAUUAAAAGAAGCUAAUCCAGAUGCUGAUGUAUCUGUUAUUCUCUGUGGGGACUUCAACAGUACUCCAGAAUGUGGUGUCUUUCAGCUCAUGACUACUGGAUAUGCCCCAGAAAACUUGGUGGACUGGAAAAGCAAUGAAGCUGAGCGUAUUACUGGGCUUUCUCUAUCACAGCCAUUCAAACUGGACAGUGCUUGUGGAACUCCACAAUUUACCAACUAUACAGUUGGUUUUUCUGGGUGUCUGGACUAUAUUUUCUAUCAAACUGAUUCAAUGCGAGUCAAAGAGGUACUCCCUCUAUACAGUGAAGAGGAACUCCAAAAAUACACAGCACUGCCAAAUAUUGUGUUUCCAUCUGAUCAUGUUGCUCUUGUAUCUGAAAUUGAGUGGUCUAAGUAAAACACCAGCUUUCAUAUUUUUCUUAUGAAAGAUGAUAAUGAGGUUCUGUUUUGCUUAAAGACAUUAUUCCCUCAUUUGUUGUUUGAAUAAAACUUGGCGUUUACAAAGGAAA